UAACUCAAAAAUAACAUUUCUUUAUUUUCUCUCUCUUUCUUGAGAGUGAUAAAAGCUUAGAGCUUUGCCUUUGCUUUGCUCUCAAGCUUAGUACUAUUUGUUACUACUAAUAGAAAUGGGUGCAAAGAAGUUACUGGUUGUGGCGGUGGCGGUGGCGGCUGUUCUUCUCACGGCGGCGACGGUGGUCGGAGUUGAUGAUCAGGUGCACCAUGUGGUCGGAGAGGAUAGAGGGUGGGACCCAUCUUCUGAUGUUGCUUCUUGGUCCUCUGGUAGAAUUUUCAGAGUUGGUGACAAAAUCUGGUUCACCUACUCUGCAGCACAAGAGAGUGUAGUGGAGCUGAGAAACGAGGAAGAAUUUACAUCGUGUGAUGUAACAAAUCCGAUCAAGAUGUAUACGGACGGCUUAGAUAAGAUCUCACUCGAAGGAGAAGGAAUCAGGUACUUCGCUAGCGGGAACACAGAGAGCUGCAAACAUGGGCUGAAAAUACCUGUAAAAAUCCAGCCCAAAGAGCAAAAUGUGGCCCAGAAUAUUGGAUCAAUGGCUGUAGCUGCUGGGCCAACAUUGCCUUCUGCUUCAUCAAAUUUAAAUGGGCUUUCUUACCUUUUGGUUGUUGGAUUAUCAAUCUGCUUUUUGGGCCUUUAGAUGAACCAGUUGUGGGUUAUGGACUCUAUUAAGUAGGAUCAUUAGUAGAAAAUGUACCACUCUAUUUGUACUGUCUAUUGUCUUAAUUUCUAUUGAUUUUGUUUUCUACAUUGUUUAAGUGAAGUAUUGUGCUUGGUUUUAAAGGGGUGAGAAUAAAACAUCACAAUAAUUAUCAAUA